GCCGGAGGGGGGACGGGGGAGAGGCGGGAGGAUGGGACGGGCGCGCGCACGCAGGGGGGCAAGGCGCGGCCCCGCGGCAGUACGUGCGCGCUCCCUUCCCCCCCCCGCCUUCCCCUCUCUCUCUCCCUCCCUCUCUCGCCUCUCUCCUCCGCCGCGCUCGGUCGGUUCUUCCCCCCCUUUGUGAGGCGCUCGGAGCGGCCCGGACGUCGCUGACUCACCAUGGCCGACGAGAAGCCCAAGGAAGGAGUGAAGACUGAAAACAAUGACCACAUUAAUCUGAAGGUGGCAGGGCAAGAUGGGUCUGUGGUGCAGUUUAAGAUUAAGAGGCAUACACCACUUAGUAAACUAAUGAAAGCCUAUUGUGAACGACAGGGGUUGUCGAUGAGGCAAAUCAGAUUCCGGUUCGACGGGCAGCCAAUUAAUGAAACAGACACACCUGCACAGUUGGAAAUGGAGGACGAAGAUACAAUUGAUGUGUUCCAGCAGCAAACAGGAGGAGUUUACUAAAAAAACAAAACAAAACACACACAAAAAAAAAACCAAACACACAAAAAAAGAACCUGCUACUUUCCUCUCCAGAACUGUGCUCCCACAGGUGACACAUUCACAAUUAGAAAAAUGAGACUUGGUUCAGCCACAUCCUGACUACUGCAGUAUAGUUUUCUCUCUUCUCUCUCUGAUUUUUUUCCUAUUCCUUCUAUUGUACAUAAAGUAACUGGUGUAUGUGCACAGACAUAAUGCAUAUUUUUUUUAACUAAAUGGCCAAUGGUAUGUUUUGAUCAACAUUUAAUGGAGAUGGGGUGGGAAAACAAACUGGUUCUGUGAAAAUGCCCCUCUCUCCGUUAGUGGCAUGCUCCUUCUCCUUUUAUCUUUAUAUUCCAGUAAGUUAUUUUGCUCUCACUGUUUAAAAAACAAAAACCUUGCAUACCUUGUUUGAUUGGAUAAUUUCAAUGUUUUUUCUUUUAUCAUUGUAAAACCAAGGACAAUUUUAUAACUUUUGUACGUAGCUGUUACAUGUAGAGCAAUCUCUGUCUAAGUAGGGGUAAAUUACUCUAAAAAAAAAAAAAAUGAUCCUAGAUAGUUUUCCCUUCAAGUAAAGUGUCUCGUUGUUUAAAUAAACUUCUUGUUUAAAAUAA